AAUCCUCUAUCAGAUAAUCAUUGACCCGACCCGACUGAUACACAUAUAUAGAGCUACAAUACCAGACGGAGUCGUCUCACGGCAAGAUGAUGAAAUUAACACUGCUCGCCAUCUUGGCUUGCGUGACAAGCACAGCAUAUGGUGCAGGAUGCAACCGAGUGGUCUGCUACCAUACAAACUGGUCUCAGUAUAGACCUGGGGCCGGCAAGUUCACCCCCGAAAAUAUCGACUCGUCCCUGUGUACGCACAUCAACUACGCUUUCGCUAAACUGCAGGGGAAUCAGCUCAAGGCGUUUGAGUGGAACGACGAGUCCACUGACUGGAUGAAGGGGAUGUAUGAGAAGUUCCACGACUCCGCAAAGUCCAAGAACCCGAACGUGAAGAUCCUGCUGUCAGUGGGAGGGUGGAACAUGGGGUCUGGCACCUUCACACAGAUGGUCAGAUCAGCCUCCGGCAGACACGAGUUCGCCACCACCAGCGUCAAGUUCCUGCGACGUCUCGGCUUUGACGGUCUGGACAUCGACUGGGAAUACCCCGCCAACAGAGGCAGUCCCUCUGUCGACAAACAAAACUAUGUGGAGCUUCUUAAGGAAGUGAAAGCAGUGUUCCAACAAGAUGGCCAGUCCAGUGGUAAACCCCAACUCCUUCUUACUGCCGCGGUCGCUGCCGGAAAACCCAACAUAGAUACAGCUUACGACAUCCCUGCAAUAUCCAAAUACCUGGACUUCAUCAACCUCAUGACCUAUGACCUGCACGGCAGCUGGGAGCCCCACACUGGCGAGAACAGCCCCCUGUACCCCGACCACAUUGAGACGGGCGAUGACCGUCACCUCAACGUGGACUGGGCGGCUAACUACUGGGUUCAGAAGGGAGCACCCAAGGACAAGCUUGUGAUCGGACUUGGCACGUAUGGGAGGUCGUUUACUCUGAAGUCCGCCUCUCAAGACCAUGUUGGCGACCCCACCAGAAGCAAAGGUCAAGCAGGACAGUUCACAAGAGAAGGCGGGUUCCUUGCUUACUACGAGAUCUGUAACAUGAUUAAAAGUGGAGGAGUCGUGCACCAGGAGACUGACCAGCAAGUGCCAUAUGUGGUCAAGGGUGACCAGUGGAUCGGUUAUGAUAACGAAAAUAGCCUGAAACAAAAGGUCCGCUAUGUUAAGACUAAUGGCUUCGGUGGUGUGAUGAUCUGGGCUAUCGACCUUGAUGACUUCAAGGGGACAGCGUGUGGAAAGGGUCCAUACCCUCUCAUGCACACCAUCCACAACGAGUGCCAGGCAUCUGGAGGAUCACUGAACACACCUGCCCCACAGGCGACCACUGCCAGACCUCAACCAGGUGCUUCCACACACAGACCCCAGGCCACAACCUCCGGACACGGCAACAUUGCCCACUCCCAAGACUUCGUCUGCGGCGGCAAAGCUGACGGCUUCUAUGCCAGCCCCUAUGACUGCCAGGAAUACUACAUCUGCGCUGGGCAGACAGCCUACAAAACAAUGUGCGCGGAAGGACUUGUCUUCAACUCAAAGACCGGAUUCUGUGACUGGCCGAGAAACUUCCAAUGCACCAUCGGCGGCAACACGUACACACCGGCGCCAACACACCCCGUACAGCACACCCACUGGCCAUCCACCGCCAGGCCUGUGACCCAGAAGCCAUACACUAACUCACCCACGCACACUCAGUCCCCAGGCAACGUCAACAUACACACCUUCUGUGCCAACCAAGACGAUGGCGUCCACGCCGACCCGAGCGACUGCAGCUACUUCUUCGACUGUGCCAACCACAACACCUACAGGAUCCCUUGUGCUCCAGGGACGGCCUUCAACCCCACCAUCAACAACUGUGACAUGGUGGCCAAUGUACCCAGCUGCCACCUGCUCGCGCAGAACUUCAACGUGGUUUGCUACUACACCAACUGGUCCCAAUACAGGAGGGGGACGGGGAAGUUCUUCCCCGACGACAUUGACCCCUUCCUGUGCACCCACAUCAUCUACGCCUUCGCCAAACUGCAGGGCAACAUCAUCAUCCCGACUGAGUGGAAUGACGAUACUGAGUUCCCACCGGGCUUAUACGGCAGGAUGAUGACUCUAAAAAGACGGAACCCAAACCUGAAGAUCCUGCUUGCUGUGGGAGGAUGGACCAUGGGAACGAGAACCUUCUCAGAAAUGGCUUCCACAGGCGCCAACAGGGAGGAGUUUGUGUCUGCAAGUAUCAACUUCCUCCGAGCCAGAGACUUUGACGGCCUUGACCUUGACUGGGAAUACCCCGGAUGGGAACCACGUGGAAGCCCUAAGGAGGACAAGGGUCGAUUUACGUUAUUGUGUCGGGACCUGAGACAAGGAUUUGAAGCCGAGGCGCGCAGGUCUGGGCAGUCCCGUCUCCUUCUGACGGCAGCCGUAGCGGCAAGUCCCGCCAUAGUGGAUGCUGGAUAUGAUGUGCCCCAAAUAUCUAACUACUUGGACAUCAUAAACAUCAUGUCCUACGACCUCCACGGCGCCUGGGACCCCGUUACUGGCCACAACAGCCCCCUUUACGCCGACCCCAGAGACGGCUCGCCUACACUGAACGUGGACUAUACCGCAAAUUAUUGGUACAUAAAGGGUGCCCCUAAGUCGAAGAUCGCCGUUGGCACCCCAAUGUAUGGACGGUCCUUCACACUGGCGAACCCCCGGAACACUGGCAUAGGCGCCGCCGUGAGGGGAGGGGGAACAGCUGGACCCUUCUCCGGGGAGAAGGGUAUCCUUCUCUUCUACGAGGUUUGCUCCGGGGUGCUCGACAGGUACACACUGUCGUAUUCAAACGCGUCCCGGGUGCCUUACGCCUACAGCGGGGAUCAAUGGGUGGGCUACGACGACAAGACAAGCAUCGCUGAAAAGAUGAACUGGCUGAUGGCGCAGGGUUAUGGCGGCGGGAUGGUGUGGGCCGUGGACCAGGAUGACUUUAACGGGGACUCGUGUGGUGAAAAAUACCCUCUCAUGAACAUCAUCAAGAGUUGUCUCCUUGACGGAAACGGUGGAUCCCCGUGUUCUGCAAAUAUCCCACCAACAAGACCACCAACCACUCGUAGACCAACAACCCGUAGACCAACCACUCGUAGACCAACAACCCGAAGACCAACCACUCGUAGACCAACCACUCGUAGACCAACAACCCGAAGACCAACAACCCGAAGACCAACCACCCGUAGACCAACCACCCGUAGACCAACUACUCGUAGACCCACCACCCGAAGACCAACCACCCGUAGACCAACAACCCGAAGACCAACCACCCGUAGACCAACAACACGAAGACCAACCACUCGUAGACCGACAACACGAAGACCCACUCCACCUAUCGGUGAUAACGUCUGUGCGGGCCGCAUCGUGGCGUGGGUGCCUGACCCCGUCCAGUGCACGGCCUACCACAUCUGUGUAUUCGGCAAGGACUACCGCUUCGACUGUCCCCCCGGGACUGGCUACAACGCUACCGAGAGACUGUGUGACUUUAUUGGGCAGGUUUCAACGUGUAGAUUUUAAACAUGUUGAGCGCGUCAUAGACACGGAGUGCCAUUUGUGUAUACAUUGUAAGAGAAUAUUAUGACCGCAUGAAAAGAUCCGCGGUUUCAUUGACUGCCGUUUUAUAUAA